AUGGCGCACAGCUGUCGGUGGCGCUUCCCCGCCCGGCCCGGGACCACCGGGGGCGGCGGCGGCGGGGGGCGCCGGGGCCUAGGGGGCGCCCCGCGGCAACGCGUCCCGGCCCUGCUGCUCCCCCCCGGGCCCCCGGCCGGCGGCGGCGGCCCCGGGGCGCCCCCCUCCCCCCCGGCGGUGGCGGCCGCGGCGGCGGCGGCGGCGGCGGCGGCGGCGGGAAGCAGCGGGGCCGGGGUUCCAGGGGGAGCGGCCGCCGCCUCGGCCGCCUCCUCGUCGUCCGCCUCGUCUUCGUCUUCGUCAUCGUCUUCAGCCUCCUCGGGGCCGGCCCUGCUCCGGGUGGGCCCGGGCUUCGACGCGGCGCUGCAGGUUUCGGCCGCCAUCGGCACCAACCUGCGCCGGUUCCGGGCCGUGUUUGGGGAGAGCGGCGGGGGAGGCGGCAGCGGAGAGGAUGAGCAGUUCUUAGGUUUUGGCUCAGAUGAAGAAGUCAGAGUGCGAAGUCCCACAAGGUCUCCUUCAGUUAAAACUAGUCCUCGAAAACCUCGUGGGAGACCUAGAAGUGGCUCUGACCGAAAUUCAGCUAUCCUCCCAGACCCAUCUGUGUUUUCCCCUCUAAGUAAAUCAGAGACCAAAUCUGGAGAUAAGAUCAAGAAGAAAGAUUCUAAAAGCAUAGAGAAGAAGAGAGGAAGACCACCCACCUUCCCUGGAGUAAAAAUCAAAAUAACACACGGAAAAGACAUUUCAGAGCUGCCAAAGGGGAACAGAGAAGAUAGCCUAAAGAAAAUUAAACGGACACCUUCUGCGAUGUUUCAGCAAGCCACAAAGAUUAAAAAACUAAGAGCAGGUAAACUCUCUCCUCUCAAGUCUAAGUUUAAGACAGGGAAGCUUCAAAUAGGAAGGAAAGGGGUACAGAUCGUUCGCCGGCGAGGACGGCCUCCAUCCACAGAGCGGAUAAAGACCCCUUCAGGUCUCCUCCUCAGCUCCGAACUGGAAAAGCCCCAGAAGGUCCGCAAGGACAAGGAAGGCACCCCUCCACUCCCGAAAGAAGACAAGACAGUUGUCAGGCAAAGCCCCCGAAGGAUUAAGCCAGUCAGGAUUAUUCCUUCUUCUAAAAGGACCGAUGCGACAAUCGCUAAGCAGCUCUUGCAGAGGGCCAAGAAGGGGGCUCAAAAGAAAAUCGAAAAAGAAGCGGCUCAGUUGCAAGGAAGAAAGGUGAAGACGCAGGUGAAAAACAUCCGCCAGUUCAUCAUGCCCGUGGUCAGCGCCAUCUCCUCGAGGAUCAUCAAGACGCCCCGGCGCUUCAUCGAGGACGAGGACUAUGACCCACCCAUCAAAAUUGCCCGGCUCGAGUCCACCCCAAAUAGUAGAUUCAGUGCCACUUCCUGCGGCUCUUCUGAAAAGUCCAGUGCAGCUUCCCAGCACUCCUCCCAAAUGUCUUCAGACUCCUCCCGCUCCAGUAGUCCCAGCAUCGACACCACCACAGACUCGCAGGCCUCCGAGGAGGCCCAGGCGCUCCCUGAAGAGCGCAGUGACACCCCUGAAGUUCACACCCCACUGCCUGUUUCCCAGUCCCCCGAGAACGAGAGCAGUGAGAGGAGAAGCAGAAGGUAUUCCGUGUCAGAGAGGAGUUUUGGAUCUAGAACCACUAAGAAAUUGUCAGCUCUGCAGAAUGCUCCCCAGCAGCAGCCCUCCUCCUCCCCCCCUCCCCCUCUGCUCACUCCCCCCCCUCCCCUGCAGCCAGCCUCCGGCAUCUCUGACCACACCCCUUGGCUCAUGCCCCCCACCAUCCCCUUAGCGUCACCGUUUUUGCCUGCUUCUGCGGCUUCCCUGCAAGGGAAGCGCAAGUCCAUUUUGCGAGAGCCUACGUUUAGGUGGACGUCGUUAAAGCAUUCUAGGUCAGAGCCACAAUACUUUUCCUCAGCAAAGUAUGCCAAAGAAGGUCUGAUCCGCAAACCAAUAUUUGAUAAUUUCCGCCCCCCUCCACUAACUCCUGAGGACGUUGGCUUUGCGUCUGGUUUCUCUGCAUCCGGCACUGCUGCUUCGGCCCGGUUGUUCUCCCCACUCCAUUCUGGAACAAGGUUUGAUAUGCACAAAAGGAGCCCUCUUCUCAGAGCUCCGAGAUUCACUCCAAGUGAGGCACACUCUAGAAUAUUCGAGUCCGUGACCUUGCCUAGUAAUCGAACUUCUGCUGGGACGUCCUCUUCCGGAGUCUCUAAUAGGAAAAGAAAAAGGAAAGUGUUUAGUCCUAUUCGAUCUGAGCCAAGAUCUCCUUCUCACUCCAUGAGGACAAGGAGCGGAAGGCUUAGCACUUCUGAGCUGUCACCUCUCACUCCCCCGUCUUCUGUCUCUUCUUCGUUGAGCAUUUCUGUUAGUCCUCUUGCCACUAGUGCCUUAAACCCAACUUUUACUUUUCCUUCUCAUUCCCUGACUCAGUCUGGGGAAUCUACAGAGAAAAGCCAGAGAGCAAGGAAGCAGACUAGCGCUCCGUCGUCAGAGCCGUUUUCAUCAAGUAGUCCCACUCCUCUCUUCCCUUGGUUCACCCCAGGCUCUCAGACUGAGAGGGGGAGAAAUAAAGACAAGGCCCCCGAGGAGCUGUCCAAAGACCGAGAUGCUGACAAGAGCGUGGAGAAGGACAAGAGUAGAGAGAGAGACCGGGAGAGAGAGAAGGAGAAUAAGCGGGAGUCCAGGAAAGAGAAAAGGAAAAAGGGAUCAGAAAUUCAGAGUAGUUCGGCUUUGUAUCCUAUGGGUCGGGUUUCCAAAGAGAAGGUUGUUGGUGAAGAUGGUGCCACUUCAUCUUCUGCCAAAAAGGCCACAGGGCGGAAGAAGUCUUCAUCACUUGAUUCUGGGACUGAUCUUGCUUCUGUGACUCUUGGGGAUACAACAGCUGUCAAAACCAAAAUACUUAUAAAGAAAGGGAGAGGAAAUCUGGAAAAAAACAACUUGGACCUCGGCCCAACUGCCCCGUCCCUGGAGAAGGAGAAAGCCCUCUGCCUUUCCACUCCUUCAUCUAGCACUGUUAAACAUUCCACUUCCUCCAUAGGCUCCAUGUUGGCUCAGGCAGACAAGCUUCCAAUGACUGACAAGAGGGUUGCCAGCCUCCUAAAAAAGGCCAAAGCCCAGCUCUGCAAGAUCGAGAAGAGUAAGAGUCUUAAACAGACCGACCAGCCCAAAGCACAGGGUCAAGAAAGUGAUUCAUCAGAGACCUCAGUGCGAGGACCCCGGAUUAAACAUGUCUGCAGAAGAGCUGCUGUUGCCCUUGGCCGAAAACGAGCUGUGUUUCCUGAUGACAUGCCCACCUUGAGUGCCUUACCGUGGGAAGAACGAGAAAAAAUUUUGUCUUCCAUGGGGAAUGAUGACAAGUCAUCAAUUGCUGGCUCUGAAGAUGCUGAACCUCUUGCUCCACCCAUCAAACCAAUUAAGCCUGUCACCAGAAACAAGGCGCCUCAGGAACCUCCAGUGAAGAAGGGACGGCGGUCAAGGCGCUGUGGGCAGUGUCCUGGCUGCCAGGUGCCUGAGGACUGUGGUGUGUGCACUAAUUGCUUAGACAAGCCCAAGUUUGGUGGCCGCAACAUAAAGAAGCAGUGCUGCAAGAUGAGAAAAUGCCAGAAUCUCCAGUGGAUGCCCUCCAAGGCCUACCUUCAGAAGCAAGCUAAAGCUGUGAAAAAGAAAGAGAAAAAGUCUAAGACCAGCGAAAAGAAGGAGAGCAAGGAGAGCACUGUUGUGAAGAACUUGGUGGACUCGAGUCAGAAACCUGCUCCAGCAGCACGCGAGGAUCCGGCCCCGAAGAAGAGCAACAGUGAGCCUCCUGCCCGGAAGCCCGCGGAAGAAAAGAGUGAAGAAGGUCACGCCCCCAUCCCAGCACCCGAACCCAAGCAGGCCACCACCCCAGCUUCCAGGAAGUCCAGCAAACAACUCUCCCAGCCGGCGCCAGCCGCCCCCCCUCAGCCACCCACCACGGGACCCACGAGAAAAGAGGCUCCUAAGACCACGCCAAGUGAACCCAAGAAAAAGCAGCCGCCACCACCGGAAUCAGGUCCAGAGCAGAGCAAGCAGAAAAAAGUGGCUCCCCGCCCAAGUAUCCCUGUAAAACAAAAACCCAAAGAAAAGGAAAAACCACCUCCAGUUAAUAAGCAGGAGAGUGCAGGCACUUUGAACAUCCUCAGCGCCCUCUCCAAUGGCAAUAGUUCUAAGCAGAAAGUCCCAGCAGAUGGAGUCCACAGGAUCAGAGUGGACUUUAAGGAGGAUUGUGAAGCAGAAAACGUGUGGGAGAUGGGAGGCUUAGGAAUCUUGACCUCUGUUCCUAUAACACCUAGAGUCGUUUGCUUUCUCUGUGCCAGUAGUGGGCACGUAGAGUUUGUGUACUGCCAAGUGUGUUGUGAACCCUUCCACAAGUUUUGUUUAGAGGAAAACGAGCGCCCUCUGGAGGACCAGCUGGAAAACUGGUGUUGUCGUCGCUGCAAGUUCUGCCAUGUGUGUGGCAGGCAGCAUCAGGCUGCGAAGCAGCUGCUGGAAUGUAAUAAGUGCCGAAACAGCUACCACCCUGAGUGCCUGGGACCAAACUACCCCACCAAACCCACGAAGAAAAAGAAAGUUUGGAUCUGUACGAAGUGCGUUCGCUGCAAGAGCUGCGGCUCUACAACUCCAGGCAAAGGAUGGGAUGCACAGUGGUCCCACGACUUCUCACUGUGCCAUGACUGUGCCAAACUCUUCGCUAAAGGAAACUUCUGCCCUCUGUGUGACAAGUGCUAUGACGACGACGACUACGAGAGUAAGAUGAUGCAGUGCGGGCGCUGCGACCGCUGGGUCCACUCCAAGUGCGAGAACCUUUCAGAUGAGAUGUAUGAGAUUCUAUCCAAUCUGCCAGAAAGUGUGGCCUACACUUGUGUCAACUGUACUGAGCGGCACCCUGCAGAGUGGCGGCUGGCCCUAGAAAAAGAGCUUCAGCUUUCUCUAAAGCAAGUUUUGACCGCCUUGUUGAAUUCCCGGACUACCAGUCACUUGCUACGCUACCGGCAGGCUGCCAAGCCUCCAGACUUAAACCCUGAGACGGAGGAGAGCAUACCUUCCCGCAGCUCCCCGGAGGGCCCGGAUCCUCCUGUGCUUACUGAGGUCAGCAAGCAGGAUGAGCAGCAGCCUUUAGACCUGGAAGGAGUCAAGAGGAAAAUGGACCAGGGCAACUACACAUCUGUGUUGGAGUUCAGUGAUGAUAUUGUAAAGAUCAUUCAAGCAGCCAUUAAUUCCGAUGGGGGGCAGCCAGAGAUUAAAAAAGCCAACAGCAUGGUCAAGUCCUUCUUUAUCCGGCAAAUGGAAAGAGUUUUUCCAUGGUUUAGUGUCAAAAAGUCCAGGUUUUGGGAGCCAAAUAAAGUAUCAAGCAACAGUGGGAUGCUACCAAACGCAGUGCUUCCACCUUCACUUGACCAUAAUUAUGCUCAGUGGCAGGAGCGAGAGGAGAACAGCCACACCGAACAGCCUCCUCUCAUGAAGAAAAUCAUCCCCGCUCCCAAACCCAAGGGCCCUGGAGAACCAGACUCGCCCACGCCUCUGCAUCCUCCCACACCGCCGAUUUUGAGUACUGAUCGGACUCGAGAAGACAGCCCAGAGCUGAACCCGCCCCCAGGCAUAGAGGAUAACAGACAAUGUGCAUUGUGUUUGAUGUAUGGUGAUGACAGUGCAAAUGAUGCUGGUCGUUUGCUGUACAUUGGCCAGAAUGAGUGGACACAUGUGAAUUGUGCUCUGUGGUCAGCAGAAGUAUUUGAAGAUGAUGAUGGGUCACUAAAGAAUGUGCACAUGGCGGUGGUCAGGGGCAAGCAGCUGAGAUGCGAAUUCUGCCAAAAGCCAGGAGCCACUGUGGGUUGCUGUCUCACCUCCUGCACAAGCAACUACCAUUUCAUGUGUUCCCGAGCCAAGAACUGUGUCUUUCUGGAUGAUAAAAAGGUGUACUGCCAACGACACCGGGAUUUGAUCAAAGGCGAGGUGGUUCCUGAGAAUGGAUUCGAAGUGUUUAGAAGAGUUUUUGUGGAUUUUGAAGGGAUCAGCUUGAGAAGGAAGUUCCUCAAUGGCUUAGAACCAGAAAAUAUACACAUGAUGAUUGGCUCAAUGACAAUCGACUGCUUGGGAAUUUUGAAUGAUCUGUCUGACUGUGAAGAUAAACUCUUUCCUAUUGGAUAUCAGUGUUCCCGGGUGUACUGGAGCACCACCGAUGCCCGAAAACGUUGUGUGUAUACAUGCAAGAUAGUGGAGUGCCGGCCUCCGGUUGUAGAGCCAGACAUCAAUAGCACUGUGCAACACGAUGAAAACAGGACCAUUGCCCACAGUCCGUCAUCGCUUACUGAAAUUUCCUCUAAAGACAGUCAAAAUACAGCUGCAAUUCUCAGUCCUCCAUCACCAGACCGACCUCCGCAUGCGCAAACCUCUAGUUCCUGCUAUUACCAUGUCAUCUCCAAGGUUCCUAGGAUUCGAACACCCAGCUACUCUCCUACACAGAGAUCCCCUGGCUGUCGACCAUUGCCUUCUGCAGGAAGUCCUACCCCAACCACUCAUGAAAUCGUCACAGUGGGUGAUCCUCUCCUCUCCUCCGGACUGCGAAGCAUUGGCUCGAGGCGCCACAGUACUUCCUCCCUGUCGCCUCUCCGGUCAAAGCUCCAGAUAGUCUCUCCCAUGAGAACUGGAAACACUUACUCCAGGAAUAGUGUCUCCUCCGUCUCCGCCAGUGGGACUGCUCCAGACGCUGAGGCGAGUGCCAAAGUGGAUCACGGCUUAGGGCCACCGAAUUCAAGCGUGAAUCUGGGGCAUGGCACUCCCACCUCAGGAAGGACCGUGGCCACUGUAGGCGCUAAAACAAGCCACUUGGAUGGAUCGUCAUCUUCAGAAAUGAAGCAUUCCAGUGCUUCAGACUCAGCAUCCAAGAGUUCCUCUUUAAAGGGAGAGAAGACCAAAAUGCUGAGUUCCAAGAGCUCAGAGGGAGCUGCCCAUGUGGCUCACGCUGCCAUUCCCAAACUGGCCUCCCAGGCUCAUAACGCCACUUCUGGAGAGCUGAGUGUUAGCAAAACUGGCGCUUUCUCUGAGAUGUCUUCAGUGUCAUUUCCUUCCAAAGAGGCCCUUCCGUUCGCACAACUCCAUUUAAGAGGGCAAAGGAAUGAUCGAGACCAACACACAGAGUCUGCCCAACCAGCAAACCUCUCCCCAGAUGAAGAUAUUGAAGUCAAAACUCUGAAACUUUCUGGAGUAAGCAAUAGGUCGUCCAUUAUCAAUGAACAUGUGGGAUCUAGUUCCAGAGACAGGAGGCAGAAAGGGAAAAAAUCUUCUAAGGAAACUUUCAAAGAAAAGCAUUCCAGUAAAUCUUUUUUGGAACCUGGUCAAGUAACAGCUAAUGAGGACGGAAACCUAAAGCCAGAGUUCAUUGAUGAAGUUUUGACUCCUGAGUUUAUGGGGCAGCGGCCAUGUAAUAACAUUUCUUCUGAGAAGAUCGGGGAUAAGGGCCUUUCUCUUUCAGGAGUCCCUAAAGCUGUAUCCAUGCAAGUAGAAGAGUCUUGCAAGGAAUCACAGGCACCCCGGAAAUGCACCGUCAAGGUGACACCACUAAAAAUGGAAAGUGAGAGUCAAUCCAAAAAUGCCCUGAAAGAAAGCGGUCCUGCCUCCCCUGUGCAAAUGGAAUCCGCAUCACCAACAGACCCUGUUUCAGCCUCCAAAAGUCCAGGGGAUGGUCCAGUGAUCCAACCAAGCCCCAACAAUACCUCAUCCCAGGAGUCUCAGAGGAACAGCUACCAGAACCUUCCAGUGCAGGACAGAAACCUACUACUGCCAGAUGGCCCCAAACCUCAGGAGGAUGGCUCUUUUAAGAGGAGAUAUCCCCGCCGCAGUGCCCGCGCGCGGUCUAACAUGUUUUUUGGGCUCACCCCGCUCUAUGGCGUCAGAUCCUACGGGGAAGAAGACAUUCCAUUCUACAGCAGCUCCCCUGGGAAGAAGCGAGGCAAGAGAUCGGCAGAAGGACAGGUAGACGGGGCUGAUGACCUGAGCACUUCAGAUGAAGACGACUUAUACUAUUACAACUUCACCAGAACAGUCAUUUCUUCAGGUGGGGAGGAGCGGCUCGCGUCCCACAACUUGUUUCGGGAAGAGGAGCAGUGUGACCUCCCCAAAAUUUCACAGUUGGAUGGUGUUGACGACGGGACCGAGAGUGACACGAGCGUCACAGCCACGACAAGGAAAAGCAGCCAGAUCGCAAAGAGAAACGGCAAAGAAAACGGAACGGAAAAUUUAAAGAUUGAUCGGCCCGAAGAUGCUGGAGAAAAAGAACAUGGCACUAAGAGUUCUGUGGGCCACAAAAGUGAGCCGAAGAUGGACAACUGCCACUCCGUAAGCAGGCUGAAAACACAGGGGCAGGAUUCCUUAGAAGCUCAGCUCAGCUCAUUGGAGUCGAGCCGCAGAGUCCACGCGAGCACCCCAUCAGACAAAAACCUACUGGACACCUACAACACUGAGCUCCUGAAGUCGGACUCCGACAACAACAACAGUGACGACUGUGGGAACAUCCUGCCUUCGGACAUCAUGGACUUUGUACUGAAGAAUACCCCGUCCAUGCAGGCCUUGGGGGAGAGCCCGGAGUCCUCAUCCUCUGAACUCUUGAAUCUUGGUGAAGGGUUGGGCCUUGACAGCAAUCGUGAGAAAGACAUGGGUCUUUUUGAAGUAUUUUCUCAGCAGCUGCCAACCACAGAACCCGUGGACAGUAGCGUCUCUUCCUCGAUCUCAGCAGAGGAGCAGUUUGAGUUGCCUCUAGAACUGCCAUCUGAUCUGUCCGUCCUCACCACCCGGAGUCCCACAGUCCCUAGCCAGAAUCCCAGUCGACUGGCGGUAAUCUCAGAUUCCGGGGAGAAGCGAGUGGCCAUCACAGAAAAAUCGGUGGCCUCUGCUGACGGUGACCCAGCGCUGCUGAGCCCAGGGGUCGAUCCUGCUCCCGAGGGUCACAUGACUCCUGACCACUUCAUCCAGGGUCACAUGGAUGCCGACCACAUCUCCAGCCCUCCGUGUGGUUCUGUGGAACAGAGUCAUGGCACCAGUCAGGAUUUACCUCGGAACAGUAGCACUCCUGGCCUUCAGGUACCCGUUUCCCCAACUGUGCCCAUCCAGAACCAGAAGUACGUGCCCAAUUCUACUGAUAGCCCCGGCCCUUCUCAGAUUUCUAACGCAGCUGUCCAGACCACUCCACCCCACCUGAAGCCAGCCACCGAGAAACUCAUUGUGGUGAACCAGAACAUGCAGCCGCUUUAUGUUCUCCAAACUCUUCCAAAUGGAGUGACCCAGAAAAUCCAAUUGACCUCUCCUGUUAGUUCUGCCCCCAGUGUGAUGGAGACCAAUUCUUCAGUAUUGGGGCCCAUGGGAAGUGGUCUCACCCUGACCACUGGACUGAACCCCAGCUUGCCGGCUUCUCAGUCCCUGUUCCCCCCUGCUAGCAAAGGACUGCUCUCCAUGCCUCAUCACCAGCACUUGCAUUCCUUCCCCGCCGCUACUCAGAGUAGCUUCCCACCCAACAUCAGCAGUCCGCCUUCGGGCCUACUUAUUGGGGUUCAACCUCCUCCAGAUCCCCAACUUUUGGUUUCAGAAGCCAACCAGAGGACAGACCUCACUACCACAGUAGCCACCCCAUCCUCUGGACUCAAGAAAAGACCCAUCUCUCGUCUACACACACGGAAAAACAAAAAACUCGCGCCCUCUAGCACCCCCUCCACCAUUGCCCCUUCCGACGUGGUUUCCAAUAUGACGUUGAUCAACUUCACACCCUCCCAGCUUUCCAGUCAUCCUAAUCUCUUAGAUUUGGGGUCGCUUAAUACUUCCUCUCACCGAACUGUCCCCAACAUCAUAAAAAGAUCUAAAUCUGGUGUGAUGUAUUUUGAACAGGCCCCGCUGUUACCACAGAGUGUGAGCGGAACUCCCGCCCCGGCAACGAUAAGCCAGGAUGCCAGCCACCUCGCCACGGGGCCCGUGUCCGGCUUGGCGUCCAGCCCCUCUGUCUUGAAUGUGGUGUCUAUGCAAACGUCCACAACCCCUACGAGUAGUGCGUCAGUUCCGGGACACGUCACCUUAACCAGCCCGAGGUUGCUUGGGUCCUCAGACAUUGGCUCCAUCAGCAAUCUUCUAAUCAAAGCCAGCCAGCAGAGCCUGGGUAUUCAGGAACAGCCUGUGACUUUACCACCAAGCUCGGGAAUGUUCCCGCAACUAGGGACCACACAGACGCCCUCUACAGCGGCAAUGGCCGCAGGCUCAAGCAUCUGUGUGCUCCCUUCUCCACAGACUUCGGCCAUGGCCUCCACGUCUCCUCCUGCGGAGACAGAAGAGCACUAUCAGCUGCAGCACGUGAACCAGCUCCUCGCUGGCAAAACCGGGAGCCUCUCUUCCCAGCGGGAUCUGGAUUCUGCCUCUGGGACCCCGGCACCCAACUUCACCCAAACAGCCGAUGUCCCUAACAACGUGAGGUUGGAGCAGAGCAAGGCCUUGCCCCCCGCUGCGCCGGCCAGCUCGGCCUCUCCCGGCGGCUCUCCCUCUUCUGGACAGCAGUCCUCGAGCCCUUCAGUGCCAGCUCCCACCAAAACCAAAGCAAAAGUCAAACGGAUCCAGCUGCCUCUGGACAAAGGGAGUGGCAAGAAGCACAAAGUUUCCCACUCGAGGACCAGUUCCGAAGCACACGUUCCAGACCAAGAAGCCAGCACGACCGCCGGGCCGCCGGUCGCAGGGGCCCUGGGAGCAGAGACAGAGCAGCCGGACGCAGCAAGGGUGGAGCAGCCAGCACAGAAGCCGCUGCAGAAGGAGUGUGGGCAGCCCAGAGGACAAGUGGCUGUUCUUCCAGAGGUUCAGGCAACACCGAAUCCAACAAGCGAGCAAGAAAAUACAGAACCUAAAGCAGUGGAAGAAGAAGAAAGCAGUUUCAGCUCUCCUCUGAUGCUUUGGCUCCAGCAAGAACAGAAGCGGAAGGAAAGCAUUGCUGAGAAAAAGCCCAAGAAAGGACUUGUUUUUGAAAUUUCAAGUGAUGAUGGCUUUCAGAUCUGUGCAGAAAGUAUUGAAGAUGCCUGGAAGUCACUGACAGAUAAAGUCCAGGAAGCUCGAUCGAAUGCGCGCCUGAAGCAGCUGUCAUUUGCAGGUGUGAACGGCUUGAGGAUGCUGGGGAUUCUCCAUGAUGCAGUUGUGUUCCUGAUUGAGCAGCUGUCUGGUGCCAAGCACUGUCGGAAUUACAAAUUCCGUUUCCACAAACCUGAAGAGGCCAAUGAACCCCCCUUGAACCCCCACGGCUCAGCCAGGGCUGAGGUCCAUCUGAGGAAGUCGGCAUUUGAUAUGUUUAACUUCCUGGCUUCUAAACACCGACAGCCUCCUGAGUACAACCCCAAUGACGAGGAAGAGGAGGAGGUGCAGCUGAAGUCCGCUCGGAGAGCAACUAGCAUGGAUCUGCCGAUGCCCAUGCGUUUCCGGCACUUAAAAAAGACUUCUAAGGAGGCAGUUGGUGUCUACAGGUCUCCCAUCCACGGACGGGGUCUUUUCUGCAAGAGAAACAUCGAUGCAGGUGAGAUGGUGAUUGAGUAUGCCGGCAACGUCAUCCGUUCCAUCCAGACCGACAAGCGGGAGAAGUAUUAUGACAGCAAGGGCAUCGGCUGCUACAUGUUCCGCAUUGACGACUCCGAAGUAGUGGAUGCCACCAUGCAUGGGAACGCCGCGCGCUUCAUCAAUCACUCGUGUGAGCCCAACUGCUACUCACGCGUCAUCAACAUCGAUGGGCAGAAGCACAUCGUCAUCUUCGCCAUGCGCAAGAUCUACCGGGGCGAGGAGCUCACCUACGACUACAAGUUCCCCAUCGAGGACGCCAGCAACAAGCUGCCCUGCAACUGCGGCGCUAAGAAAUGCCGCAAGUUCCUGAACUAACGCUGCUCUUUCCCCCGGGCCCAAGUACCAGCACCCAGGGCCACCCAAAGCAGUGCUGAAGGCCUUGCUCCAGGACCAAGUGGGCUGGUGGAGGGGCCUCUGUGGCCGAGCCCCCUAAUGUCCAUAUUCAUGUCAUACAUGUGGUCAGAGUCUUAGAAAUGAGGUCUCAAAGAAAAGAUCCAUGACGGGCUUUCUUGGAGGACCCCUCUUGACUGUCAGCUGUUAAGCUUGCUGGGGAACUAGGUCCUGGGCGAUGUGCCUGGAAGGAGCCUCGGAGGCUUGGUUUUCUUGGGAGGCGGGGCCUGAGCAUUCCUCCAAAAGCAGUUGUCUUCCUCACCUCAGCUCUUCCCCAGGCUCUCGGAGCCGAGGGUCAGGCAGGACUGAGAUACAGGGCUGGCUGGACACAGCCUGCUAGUCUGCCAGCCAGGCCCUGCCUGUGGCCAUCUGUUGAACAGACAGAGGUCUGGUGGUUUUCCCUGCUCGCCUCCUCCUUGAGAGAGUUCACUUCCAGCUGGGAGACAGGAUUCCUGGCACCUCUGGUGUCAAAAGGCUGUCUUGGGGUUGUGCCAAUUAAUUACCAAACAUUGAGCCUGUGGGCCGGAAGUGGGAGUACUUAAUCCCUGUGAGCCUUAUCUCAGCCAGUCACCUUCUUGACCAUAGGAGCGGCUUUCCUCUGCCAUUCUUCUCUUCACUCCACCUUCCUUCCUGUCCUCCAUCCCACUGCUUUCCCAUCCUGCUUCCUGGGUGGUAGGGGAGCUGACUCCCCGCUCAGGGGCACUCGCCGGUGGGCGCAGGGCGUGCCUACAUGAAGGUCCCCGAGCUGCAAGCACUCCAGGGGGGAAGUGGACAGGAGCCGCUAGCCAGAACCAGACAGAAUUUGAAGACUUUGUGCAACUCUCCCCUGAGAGUUCUGAAGAAAUACAUGUAGCAUGAUUUUUUUAGAAGAGGAUACAGAUUGUUUCAAUAGGAUUUGAAUCAUGCAACCUCCGGAGUACCAUAACCAGGAGAACCCCUGCACCCCUCCCUUCCUAGGACACGGGAACCUUCUUUCCCCUCUUUAAGACAUAGGAAGACUUCGUUUUUAAAUAGUCAGUGUCUAGUUGAAGGCAGAACACUAAUCAUUUCAAGGCCCAAAACUUGGGGACUAGACCGCGGGGCGUGGAGGGCCCGCCGCUGCCAGCUGCCAGCGGGCGGCCGCGGCUCAAGCGAACUCAAUGACACUACCGCCCCGGCCCCGCGCGGGUGCGCGCGCGCGCAGCAUCCAGUGUUUUUCUCUUCCUUCCCCCAAGACAGGGCGUGUCUUGAACCUGUUAAAUUAAGUCAUUGGAUUUUACUCUGUUCUGUUUACAGUUUACUAUUUAAGGUUUUAUAAAUGUAAAUAUAUUUUGUAUAUUUUUCUAUGAGAAGCACUUCAUAGGGAGAAGCACUUAUGACAAGGCUAUUUUUUAAACCGCGGUAUUAUCCUAAUUUAAAAGAAAAUCGGUUUUUAAUAAUUUUUUAUUUUCAUAGGAUGAAGUUAGAGGAAAUAUUCAGCUGUGCACACAAAGUCUGGCUUUCCCGCCCCGCUUCCCCCUGGAGGGCGUGCUUUUCCUUGUUUCACAUGUAGCUUGUUCGUGCCCCGUGACCAGUGUUCUCUGGUCGGUUCUUGAAGGAAGAUCACUCAGCUCCAUUAGGCCGCUCCCGUCCUUUCCCAAGGAAGCCCCUCCUCCCAAGGCUACAGGAGGAUCUUGACUCGCCAGUUUCUUCUUUCUGGCGCUGGCUCCGAGCACCGCCGCCCCGAGCCGGGCAGCGGCUCGCGCAUUUCCCUCAUCUUGCCUUACUUCAGAGUUAGCAGCCAACCAGUUCCGUGGCACCUUGACAUCCUCCAUCACCAUCUGUCUCAUAGAUCAUUUCCUUUUUCUUUCCUUUCCCUCUGCCCACCAAGUCCUCAGAUCCGCAAAGAACCCGCUGAUCCCCUGUGCCCUCUUUCGGGGCGGCCUGUUGAAACUGAAGCACAGUGCGACCGCUCACGGUAAAGCAGACCCGCGCCAAGCGGCCUUGCCCAGCAGUGAAGUCCACGGCGGGGAGGGGAGGGGCGCCCUUUUCUCGCCCAUUCCUCUGCAAGUCUAGCAAAGCAAUACGACUCAGCCCAGCACUCUGCCCCAGGACUCCCGGCUCUGCGGUGCCUUCCAUCCUGGGCUCCCUUUUCUCCCAAGACCUUAAGGACUUGGUCUGGUGGCUUUGCUGGACCCUUGUCGCUGUCGCCGCUGUCAUGCAGGGAGCCCAGCACUGUGGCCAGGGCGGCAGAGGCUUCCUUGCCGUCGUGGCGAAGUGCCAGCAGGGGACUGGGCAGCAGCCUACCCAGCCCUCGCCUCCCGUCCUCCUCUUCCCAUGAACGAGAUACGGUGGCCCGAGGGGUCCCACGCGCGUCUCGUUCACUUUAUUAUUGCACUGUGUGAGGUUUUUUUGGUAAAUCCUUGUAUUCCUAUUUUUUUUAAUGAAAAAAAAAAAACUUAAGCUGCAUUUGUUACUGAAAUGAUUAAUGCACUGAUGGGUCGUGAAUUCACCGUGAGAGAGACCCAGAGGCAGCCCGAGGGUGGGGGAAACUCAGCUAAACAGACCUAGUCACUGCCCUGCUAGGCCAAGCUGUACUGUGAGCCCUCAUCCUCGUCCAUACCCACGCCCCGAGGACAGGGGAGGAGCACACUCUGCCUCCCCUGCCAGCUGCAGAACGGUUUGCCUUGCCUUCUCACCCCGACUGUCACCCACAGAAAGGAGAAAACUCCCUCUCGCAGCUCAGCCUUGAGUCCAUUGCCAAAAUCAGCAUACCUGCCAGCAACUCGGGGGACAAACUAAGGUUUCCCUAGGAAGAGGGGAAGAAGGCAAAAAUGGCCUGGCUGUCUCCAAAACUGUGUCUGAAAACUAUUGUCUGUUUUGAAAGUGACCAAGGGACCCUCCGCACCAAAGUGCUGACUGAGGAAUUGGCGGGAGGAGGGGAGGUCAUUCCCAGGAGUCCCCCCUGAGGGGCAUCCCAGAUCCCAAGGAGUACAGCUCGAGCCUGGUCAGUUCUCAGAGCCAGCUCAUGUACCGCUUUGCUGCUAGAACCUGUUGUGGCUGCACUUUCUGGUGGCUCCGUGACAGCUGUGUGGCCAGUACAGCUGCAUGGCGUUGACCCCUUGGCCGGAACCUGGUCCCCUGGUUCCUCUCCCCUCCUCCCCCCCCCCCCCCCCCCCGUGGCUUCCCUCCCCCAUUCUUAGGUCAGUAGCAGUGAACAGGGACACCCCUGCAACUGUGUUUUGAACCAGGCUCCUUUACCAGGUCCCAGCUUACCACCACCCUGACAACCCCCCGGCCAACGCAGUGAGCACCAUGCAGUCACCUUGAUUUAAAAAAACCUUAUAUAACAACACACACGCACACGCGCGCACACACACACACACACACACAGCAUCUUUUAAUGAAUGUAUCUUUCUAAAGGACUGACGUUCAAACAAUUAUCUGAAAAUACUAAAGGUCAAAAACCUUGUCAGAUGUUAAGUUUGAUUUGGGAUUCUUUUUCAUAGAAAUCAACUUGUUUUUUAAGGAAAAGCGGGUCAUUGCAAAGGGCUGGGUGUAAUUUUGUGUUUUCACUUCCUUCAUUUUAAAAGCAAUACAAGGUUAUUGAGCAGAUGGUUUUGUGCCGAAUCAUGAAUAUCAGUCAAGUCUCACACUCUGAAAACUUGCAACUUUUUUGUUUGUUUUGGUUUUCAAAUAAAUAUAAAUAUGAUAUAUAUAGGAACUAAUAUAGUAAUGCACCAUGUAACAAAGCCUAGUUCAGUCCAUGGCUUUUAAUUCUCUUUAACACUAUAGAUAAGGAUUGUGUUACAGUUGCUAGCAGAGCAGGAAAAUGUCAGGCUAGCGUUCCUCUGAUUUUCACAUCGGGGACCCCAAGCCACAGGGGGGUUGGCAAAAUCCACCAUUCUCCCAGAGAGCAAUGUGGAAAUGGUGUCACCUGGAUUUUUCCUGCUCGUGAAUGUUGCCAGUCAGUACCUGUACUCUUUGUUUCUCUACUUUUGGUUAUGAAUGUUGGGGUUACCACCUGCAUUUAGGGGAAACUUGUGUUCUGUGCUUUCCUGGUAUCUUGUUCUGAGGUACUCUAGUUCUGUCUUUCAACCAAGAAAAUAGAUUUGUGGUGUUUCUUUUAUUGAACUUUUAACAGUCUCUUUAGUAAAUACAGGUAGUUGAAUAAUUGUUUCAAGAUCAACAGACGACAAGCUUCUAGAAAUAAGACAUUUCUCGACAACUUUAUCAUGUAUAACAGAUCUUUUGAGUUUUUUUUUUUCCUGUGUUCUUCCAAGCUUCUGGUUAGAGAAAAAGAGAAAGAAAAAAAAAAAAGAAAAAAAAGGAAAAUGUUUGUAAGUCCAUCAGUGUUAACUCCCUGUGACAGGGGUGAAGGAAAAUACUUUAAUAGUUCAAAAAAUAAUAAUGCUGAAAGCUCUCUACGAAAGACUGAAUGUAAAAGUAAAAAGUGUACAUAGUUGUAAAAAAAAAAAAAAGGAGUUUUUAAACAUGUUUAUUUUCUAUGCACUUUUUUUUAUUUAAGUGAUAGUUUAAUUAAUAAACAUGUCAAGUUUA